GCGUGUGUCUUAAGGUGGAAGGUGGGUGGGUAAUUUUGUCAAAGAUGAGCUGGUCCCCCUCAACUGAACUGCCAGCCCAUGUCUAGCGGACCUUAGCAUCUGGAAUCUGGAUACUUCACAGUUGUCUCCCUUGCAGGGAAAUUGAGAUCACCAGGAUUCAUCCGCCAUUUUGGACCCUUUGCUGCUACUUGCCAGAAAGAGAAUCUGAAAUCCAUUUACACUGUGAUGAGAAUAGCUGAAAUCAGAAAGUGUUUCCCUUCAGAGGGAGCACAGGCUCCAGACGCGCAGGCUCAGUAGUUGUGGCUCACGGGCCUAGUUGCUCCGCGGCAUGUGGGAUCUUCCCAGACCAGGGCUCGAACCCGUGUCCCCUGCAUUGGCAGGCAGAUUCUCAACCACUGCGCCACCAGGGAAGGGAAGCCCCCGAGCAGCAGCUUUUUAAGUCCUUCAUCUACUGUGGCCCCCACUGCUGAGGAAAAGUGAUGGAUUUCCCAGUCUCCCUGGACUCCUACCAGCGAGUACGUCUUCCCAGCAGUCUCUUCUUCCUCACUCACCUCCUCCUCCUCCUUCAGCCCGGGGAGAUGCACUCAGAGGAGGUCAGGGUGGUAGGCCAUGGGGAGCCCAUUCUGGCACACGUCGGGGAUGAGGUGGAAUUCUCGUGCCACCUGUCGCCGUACCGGGACGCCGAGCGCAUGGAGAUCCUCUGGUUCCGGAGCCAGGCCUCAGACGUGGUGCACCUGUACCGGGAGCGGCAGGAGUUCUAUGGCCAGCAGAUGGCGCAGUUCCAGAACAGGACCGAACUCAUCACGGACGAGAUCGCUGAUGGCAGCGUGACCCUGAGGCUCCACCCCGUGGUCCCCGCUGACGAGGGUCCGUACGGGUGCCGCUUCGUCUCCAGCGACUUCACUGGGGAAGCGGUCUGGGAGCUGGAGGUGGCAGGGCUGGGCUCGGACCCUCACAUCUCCCUUGAGGGCUUCAAGCAGGGAGGCAUUCAGCUAAGGUGCAGCUCCAGUGGCUGGUACCCCAAGCCACAGUCUCAGUGGAGAGACCAUCAGGGACGAUGCCUGCCUCCAGAGACUGAAGUCAUCGUCAAGGAUGCCCAAGGCCUGUUCAGUCUGGAAACCUCUGUGGUCGUCCAAGGGGGGGCCCACAGCAACGUGUCCUGCUCCAUCCAGAACCCCCUCCUGGGCCAGAAGAAAGAGUUCGUGGUCCAGAUAGCAGACGUAUUUUUACCCGGAACCUCUCCCUGGAAGAGAGCUUUCCUCGGGACUCUGGUGGGAACGCUUCUCCUCCUGGCUCUCCUCCCGACGCUGGCGCUGUACUUCUUUCGGAAGCAACGGAGGUCCCAAGAAAAGCUGAAGAAGCAGGCGGAGAAGGACAAAGGGAACCUCACGGAAGAACUGGGGAAACUUCAAGUGGAGCUGGACUGGAGAAGGGCUGAAGGCCAGGCUGAGUGGAGAGCAGCCCAACAACAUGCAGUGGAUGUGACCCUGGAUCCUGGCUCCGCCCACCCCAGCCUGGAGGUCUCCGAGGAUGGCAAGAGCGUGUCCUCCCGCAGGAUGGCGCCAGGCUCAGCGGCGGGUGACCCCCAGCGGUUCUCCGGGCAGAUGUGCGUUCUAAGCCGGGAGCGCUUCUCCACGGGCCGCCACUACUGGGAGGUGCACGUGGGCCGCCGCAGCCGCUGGUUCCUAGGCGCGUGCCUGGCAGCGGUGCCGCGCGCAGGGCAGGCGCGCCUGAGCCCGGCGGGUGGCUACUGGGUGAUGGGACUGUGGAACGGCUGCGAGUACUUCGUGCUGGACCCGCACCGCGUCGCGCUCACCGUGCGCGUGCCACCCCGGUGCGUGGGCAUCUUGCUGGACUGCGAGGCGGGAAAGCUGUCCUUCUUCAACGUAUCCAAUGGCUCCCACAUCUUCACCUUCACGGACACCUUCUCUGGGACACUCUGCGCGUAUUUCAGGCCUAGAGCCCAUGACGGCAGCGAACACCCAGAUCCACUUACCAUCUGCCCAUUGCCAGUUAGAGAGAAACGCGUCCCCGAAGAGGAGGACAGUGACACCUGGUUACAACCCUAUGAGCCCUCGGACCCCGCCCUGGCCAUGUGGUGAGGCGCCCUCGUGGCCACAGGACUGGGUCCUGGGCGGCUUCCUGGAUACCCAGUCGGCGCUUUGCUCGCCCGCUUCCUCUAGACGGAACAAAUACACCGACCCCAGUGUAUGAACCAAAACGCCAACAAAGGCUUAAAAGGCUCAGUAUAGCAGAAAUGGGAAAAAGGGAGACCUUUGCCUAUGUAUCAAUAGAUGUGUAUGUGUACAUGUAUGAAUAUGAUUUUCUUUGAAAAAAAAAAAAAGGCAAUUCCAAAGCUUAUUUGUGCGUGUUGUAGGUUUGAGCUGAUGAGUAGAAAUAUAUUCAUGUUGCUGCUAGUCAGGGUAGUCACUGUGGAAGACAUGAAAGAAACUGGAAUGGGAGGAAAAGAGGAGAAACUUCACUGGAUAAAAUUAGAGGUAUCAGUUAACUUGUGUAUUUUAAUAGUUUUGUAUAUAUUUUCUAGCUCUAGAAAGAUCUAGAAACAAUGACACUUCGUAAGCAAUGAGUUCACCUAGGGCUCAGAUCCUAGUUUUCACUGUCAAUUCCCACUAAAAUGAACUUGGAGAAAUGGUGGGUUCCAGGGCUGGAGCAGAGAAAGUACAGGUAAAUCUGGAACAUCUUUUGCUGUAAUGUACAAACAUGCUCAAAAACUGACGGGGGGCUUUCCUGGUGGCACAGUGGUUAAGAAUCCACCUGCCAAUGCAGGGGACACGGUUUCAAGCCCUGGUCCGGGAAGAUCCCACGUGCCGCGGAGCAACUAAGCCAAUGUGCCACAACUACUGAGCCUGCAUGUCACAACUACUGAAGCCUGUGUGCCUAGAGCCCCUGCUCCACAACAAGAGAAGCCACCUCAAUGAGAAGCCCACGCACUGCAACAAAGAGUAGACCCCACUCACUGCAACUAGAGAAAGCCCACACACAGCAACGAAGACCCACUGCAGCCAAAAAUAAAUAAAUAAAUAAAAAUUUUUUAAAUGUCAAAAAACUGAUGGGAACAUAACAAAAAGACAUAGGAGCUAGGUCGAAGGGGCUCCACUGACCAAUCAUGGGACAAUUUGAACAUUAAAAUGAAUAAUGACAAGAAUUGCUCAACAAGGGGUUGAUCAAAGAAAAAAAUUCACUAAGUGUGCUGUCUCUUCAGCCAGAGAAAAGAAAUACAAAAACAACAACAGACGAAAAACAGAAGCGAUAGGAGAGAAUGAAAGAAUAUUUGUGAACUCAUGGUUUUUACUAUGUAAUAGAUGAAACACACAUAUGAUACAUAGAUGGAUAUAUAGAGAGAUAGAUUAGAUAGAUGAUAGAUAGAUAGGUAGUGUGUGCACAUACAUAUAGUUCCUAGCUCUGCCUGCCUUGAGGGCUUAGAAACAAUAACACCCCUGUACCAUUGAGCACACCUUGCACCAGAACUUAGUUUUUAGUACUAUUUACCACUGAAAGAAACCAAGGCUCCUUGGAGAAAUGGUGGACUCCAGGGCUGGGGCAGGGAAAAUAUAAGAAGGGUGUGAUGUUCUGAUUUAUACUAGGAAAUAUUUAUUUGGUCUUCAACCUAGAUUUUAGAACAGAGCUCUUAAACUCUUGGAAUUUCUAAGUGAUAAGAGUCAUAAGGGUGUCUUUGGAUAUUCAUAACAAGCCCCUUUCAACCACACCCGAGUUUAUGUUAAUGAGAUAACUUUUGGAAAGCCAGUAAGGAUGGGGCUGGUUGCCAGGGGAACCAACCGUGUGACCAAAGGGUUGUAACUAACUCCCGCCCACGCACCCCCUCCACCGCAGGGAGGGGAAAGGGGCUGGAGAGUGAGUUCAAUCAUCAAGGGCCAAUGAUUUAACCAGUCAUGCCUAUGUGAUGAAGCCUUUUUAUGAAACCCCAAAAGGACUGGGUUCAGUGAGCUUUCAGGUUGGUGAACACUUGGAGAUGCAGGCAGACAGGUGCUCAGAGAGAGCAAGGAAGCUCUGUGCCACUUCCCACAUACCUUCCUCUAUGCAUCUAUUCCAUCUGAUUCCUGAGCUAUAUCCUUUUUAUAAUAAACCUGUAAUCUAGUUAGUAAACUCUUCCUGAGUUCUGUGAGCUGCUCUAGCAAAUUAACAGAACCCAAGGCAGGGGUCUUGGGAAUCUCCAAUUUAUGGUGGGUGGGACAGAAACACAGGCAACCUGGAUUUGUAAUUGGUGUGAGAAGGGUGGGGGCAGUCUUAUAGGACUGAGCUCUUAACCUGUGUGAUCUGACACUAUCUCUAGGUAAAUAGUGUCAGAAUUGAUUUAAUAGCUUGAGGGUGUUGAAGAAACACAUAGCAGAAUGGGUCUAAACCAUCUUUUACCAGAAUGCAAGGAAGUCCUCAAAGAAUAGUGGGGAGAUGUCAAAUGGACAGAAAAGCCCACUUGAAGGGACACCCAAUAGCCAAAUUUGAACAUCAAAAGAAUUAAGAGAAGUUACAGAUUGAGAAAAAUGGAAUCCAAGAUUAUGUAUAUCUGUACUGAUACACAUCAAUGAACAAAUAAAUGGGGGAAGAAGAGAAAACUUUACCCUACAAAGAAGUCUCAAAGUAUCUCAACACAAAAUACUAAUUAUUUUAGAAGUACAAAACACUUAUCAACUUUGCAGUGGAGGGCUUCCCUGGUGGCGCAGUGGUUGAGAAUCUGCCUGCUAAUGCAGGGGACGCGGGUUCGAGCCCUGGUCUGGGAAGAUCCCACAUGCCGCGGAGCGGCUGGGCCCGUGAGCCACAACUACUGAGCCUGCGCGUCUGGAGCCUGUGCCCCGCAAUGGGAGGGGCCGCGAUAGUGAGAGGCCCGCGCACCGCGAUGAAGAGCGGUCCCUGCACCGCGAUGAAGAGUGGCCCCCACUUGCCGUAACUGGAGAAAGCCCUCGCACGAACCGAA